UGCACACGAGGGCAGCACUGAAUCUUCAUUUUCCCUUGAUUCCCACCUUCUCAAAAACAUGGCUGCCUCCGUGUCUCUCAGACGUGAAUUAUGUUCUCUGGCAAGGAUAUUCACCGGAGUCUCUCAUUCGGGAUUGAGAGCUCUAGGUGCUUGUUCAGCUCAUCGGAAAUGUAAUAUUAUCAGGUCUCAUCUCCCGCUGACAUCCAGCACUUCCUUCCACACAGCAGCAGUGUUUUUAUCAGCACCUUCAUCAAUCACUGUCACAGAGGAGCCAGAUACACUGUUUCAGAGGGUGUCACUGCUGGUCAAAUGUCAUGACAAGGCAGUGUUGGACAGCUAUGAAUUCUUCGCCACAAUGGCAGCCAAGGAACUGGGCAUCACCAUCAACAAAGUUUUUGAACCUACCAAGGACAUUGAAAGGCUUACACUCCUGAAGUCAGUUCAUAUCUUCAAAAAGCACAGAGUCCAGUAUGAAAUGAGGACACACUACCGCUGCAUUGAGCUGUCUCAUUUAACAGGCUCCACAGCACGGGUGUACAUCGAAUACGUCCAGAGGAACCUCCCUGAAGGUGUAGCCAUGGAGGUGACAAAGACUGCCAUGGAGAAGGUUCCAGAUCACAUCCUUGAACCCAUGUGGAAAGAGAACCCUGCUGAUGACAAGCCCAGCCAGUGAUCAUCAGAUGGACUCGGACAUGAGUGAUUAUAUGGGAUAAAUGCUGUGUAGAAAUGCUAUAUUCACAUGUGGCUGUCACUUGGGUUAGUGUUUUUGGCAUUUAAUGUUAUGUCACCAUCUUAUUUAGCAGUUUUAUCUGUUUAACCCUAUGGCUGUGAAAUUUAAACAAAAACAAACUGUAAAUGUUUUUUUUUUUUUCAAUAAAUACACUCAAUGACAACUCUAA